GCAAGAAAAGCAAACUGAUCCACCUGUCAAGUGAUUUUCGCAGCUCCAUCAUCAUCGGAUCGUUUUCGCCCGGUUACAGGAAGAAAAAUCGGGCCCAGCAGGAAAUUUUCACUCCAUUCAGUGCGGAAAAUUGCCCGGAAUCUAGCCCCGAAAUGUGCCGGUUCUAGUGUCGUUCAGUGCGUGCGGUUUGGCCAUCGUCGGAAAGCGGUGUCCAUUCAUUGAAAAUCUGCGGUGGAAAUCGAUCGAGUUUGCUGUCGUCACUGUUGCGGGUUGUGCUGCGGUGGGGGGUCGUCGUGUUGCGCUGUCGGGGGAGGGGAAGGAUAAAAAUCGAAUGAUGACCGAGGACGGGGGGAAGCGCCGGAGGAACGGUUCGCUGGACGAGCUGGUGCAAUAUGUUACGCUGCACGUACCGAGCCACGUCCUGCUGAGCGGAAGCACCCUGCCCUUUAUGAUGGUGUACGCCCUCUGGGGCUAUCUGUGGGUGUGCGUUUACGGAGUGGAGGACUACUGGGAGGCGGGAUUGCUGACCCUGGCCGGCAUCGGAUUCGUGCAGAUUCUGGUGUGCCUCUGUUGCUUCUGGAGCGUGCAUGUGCAGGUGUUCCUCAACUGCCGGAAGGCAAAAAGCCCGGACAAAGCAAAAGUAGUGAAAGUGGUCCCCACGGAGAACAACGGUUCAUCCGAACUGGUCAAGCUACACUGCGCCAAAGCGAACGAAACUGAUACGGCCGUAAGCGACGAUGGAUCGGUCUAUUGGUUUAUUUUCCAAAAGACCAAAUACGUGUGGGAUUCGAACCGGAAACAGUUCCGCAGCGUUGAAUUCCCCAUUCACAAAACGUACGAAGAAUACUUUGAAUCCAAGGGGCACCAGGAAGAUUCCGAUGUCCAACUGGCGGAGCGAACCUACGGCAACAACAACAUGGAGAUGGUUGUUCCGGAAUUCUUCGAGCUGUUCAUCGAACGGGCCACGGCUCCGUUCUUUGUGUUCCAGAUCUUUUCGGUGUUGCUGUGGUGCCUGGACGAGUAUAUGUACUAUUCGCUGUUCACGCUGGGGAUGCUGAUUUCGUUUGAGUGCAUCCUGGUCCAGCAGCAGCUGCGGAACAUGUCCGAAAUCCGCAAGAUGGGAAACAAACCGUACAUGAUUAACGUGUUCCGGAACCGGAAGUGGCGUCCGAUCAAGUCCAAUCUGCUGGUGCCCGGAGAUUUGGUAUCGAUUACGCGAUCUCAGGAUGAGAAUCUGGUUCCUUGCGAUCUGCUGUUGAUUCGGGGAACCUGCAUCGUGGACGAAAGCAUGCUGACGGGUGAAUCCGUUCCCCAAAUGAAGGAAUCGCUGGAAAACACCGACGAGCACAAAAAAGAACUGGACAUCGAAGCGGACGGCAAGUUGUAUGUGCUUUUCGGCGGCACCAAGGUGGUACAACAUUCCUCUCCGAGCAAGGGUGCCAUGCGGGCACCGGACAGUGGCUGUAUCGGGUAUGUUCUCCGAACCGGGUUCAACACCUCGCAGGGCAAGCUACUUCGGACGAUCUUGUUCGGCGUGAAACGGGUAACCGAGAACAAUCUGGAAACGUUUGCAUUUAUUCUGUUCCUGUUGGUGUUCGCGGUGGCUGCUGCGGUCUAUGUGUGGAUCAAGGGCUCCGAGGAUCCGGAACGGAAUCGGUACAAGCUGUUCCUGGAGUGUACGCUUAUUCUGACAUCGAUCAUCCCACCGGAUCUACCGAUCGAGCUGUCGCUGGCUGUGAACACCUCGCUGCUACAGCUUUCGAAGCUGUAUGUGUUCUGCACGGAACCAUUCCGGAUACCGUUCGCUGGAAAGGUACAAAUCUGCUGCUUCGAUAAGACUGGAACGCUAACUAGUGACAACUUGGUGGUAGAAGGUGUGGCCGGCCUGAAGAAAGACACCAGCAUUACUGCAAUCAACGAAAUUCCCGAACCUACUGCACACGUGUUGGGAUCUUGCCAUUCGUUGGUCCAGCUAGAUGAUGGACUGGUAGGGGAUCCGCUGGAGAAGGCAACGUUGACGGCCAUCGAUUGGAAUUUGACCAAGGGCGACUCGGUGGUUCCCAAACGGGGAAAGUUCAAGCCAUUGCGAAUCUACCAACGGUUUCAUUUUUCCUCCUCGUUGAAGAGGAUGUCCGUUCUGGCUGGACACCUUGUUCCGUUCAGCAAUGAGACGUGCUACAUCGGAACGGUCAAGGGAGCUCCGGAAGUGGUGAUGAAGAUGUUGAAAUCGGUUCCUGAUAAUUAUGAGGAAACCUACUUGGAAUACUCUCGUCGUGGGGCUCGCGUUCUAGCUCUGGGGUAUAAAUCCUUCGGGUCGCUUGAUGGUAAUACGGUUCGGGAACUGAAACGAGCCGACGUCGAAAAAGAUCUAGAAUUCGCAGGGUUUAUAAUCAUUUCCUGCCCCCUGAAACCGGACUCAAAGUACGCAAUCAAAGAAAUCAUUCAAGCUUCUCACAAGGUGAUGAUGAUCACCGGAGAUAACCCGCUGACCGCGUGUCACGUAGCCAAGGAACUUCGGUUUACCAAGCGGACAAUCGUCGUUCUGACGAGAGACGAUUCCGACGAUGCCUGGUACUGGGAAUCGAUCAACCGAGAAAUCCGAAUCCCUCUGGCCGAAAAUCGAACCGUCAAGGAUCUGUACAAGGAACACGAUUUCUGCAUUACCGGAGAAGGGCUUCAAUAUCUGGACAGCAAGAAACAUUCCUACCUUCUGAAGUUGAUGCCGUACGUGACGGUGUUUGCCAGAUUUGCCCCGAAACAGAAGGAAGUGGUUAUAACCACCUUGAAGCAGCUGGGAUUCCAUACGCUGAUGUGUGGUGACGGAACCAACGACGUCGGGGCCUUGAAGCAUGCCAAUGUCGGAGUUUCUCUACUGAGUCAUCCUCCGACAAGGGGCGAGAAGCGUGUGCGGGCUGUCACUGCUGAUGGGGAACCGGAAAAGAAGGCGAAACAGGACAAACACGAUGAGCAACGUAAGGCGCUGACUCCGAGGGAACGGGCCAUUAUGAAGCAUCGGGAAAAUAUGAGCUCCACGCAGGAGCGACUGCAAAAAGUCCUGAAGGAGAUGGACGACGAGCAGGUGCAGGUUGUGAAGCUGGGCGAUGCCAGUAUUGCGGCACCGUUCACCAGCCGAUCGUCGUCGAUCAAUUGCGUCUGCCACAUCAUCAAGCAGGGUCGCUGCACGCUGGUAACGACGUUGCAAAUGUUCAAGAUCCUAGCUUUGAACGCGCUGAUUUCUGCCUACUGCCAGUCGGUGUUGUACAUCGACGGCGUCAAGAACAGCGACACUCAGCUGACGUUGCAUGGUCUCCUGACGGCAGCAUGCUUCCUGUUCAUCACCCGCUCAAAACCCCUUAAGGCCCUGUCCAAGCAAGCACCACUGCCGAACAUUUUCAACCUGUACUCUGUGACCACGAUCCUGGCGCAGUUUGCGGUUCAUUUCACGGCACUGAUCUACCUGGUGCACGAGGCCAAUCUACGAUCACCGCCAAGGGAAGGCAAGGUGAAGCUCAAUCUGGAUCUGGCACCGGACGAGAAGGAGGAGUUCACACCGAACAUCGUGAACAGCACGGUAUACAUCAUCAGCGUGACGAUGCAGAUUGCGACGGUGGCCGUCAACUACAAGGGUCAUCCGUUCAUGGAGAGUAUGCGGGAGAACCGGCUGCUGUCGUAUGCCAUCUUCACGUCCAGUGCGAUCGUGCUGUGCCUGGCGUUGGGCAUCGUGCCGGAUCUGUUGACCACCUUCGAGGUGAUAGACUUCGAAUCGGAUUUCCGGAAGAUCCUGGUUGGUGUCCUGGUGGCGGACAUGCUGCUCGCCUAUCUGGUCGACCGGAUUUGUUCGUUCCUGUUCGGAGAGAUGCGAAAGAAAGCGGACAUCAUUGCCUAGGUCGGAUGGGAAGGACGAGCGGACUAUAACUGGACGAGAACUCCAGUCAGAUACAACAACACUAACUAAGGUAUCCUUAGCGCGGCACACAUUCAACUAUAAAUAAUAUUAGUGAGUAAAAA